UCGAUUCUCCUCUCCAUCUCUCACACACACUUAGUCCACGGAGGAGGGCUACCUCUCAAGUCUCAAUCUCAUCGAGCUUACCUCCGUUCAGCCACUGCCUCGUGCUGCCGCCGUCAUCGUUCCUUCAAACAGCCACCGCCUCGUGCUCGCUCACUCCCCCUCCAUCGCGCAGCAGCCAUCGCAACCUUCGAAGCCACCGUCUACUCCACCAGUCUUGCAUGCUCUGUCUCCCGCGGUGCUCUCGGUGUCUCUGUCUCCCUUGGUCACUCGGUGUCUCUGGCUCUGUCUCUCAGUGCCUCUGUCCCCCUCCGAACCAUUGGCUCUUGCAUGCUCUGUAGAACCUUGCUUACCACGCAUGACGGCUGCGCACUGACCAGCCACCUCCGCAGACCAUCUCCGUUGCUGCCGACAACUCCGUUGAGAGCACCUCCGCCGCUUCCUGUGAAGGUUACCAUCGUCACCUAUUCGAGAGCAAUUGGUCAUCUUCAGAAGCGCAGUUCAGUGCCACCGCUGCUGAUUCCAAUGCAGGUUAUUGUCGAAGUGUGGAGUCCUCCUCUUCCAAAACCAGCAACAUUGCACCGUCAUCUCCAUUCGUCCAUCGAGCCGUGCCUCCCCCUGCUCUGCGUCCACGUCAUGUUAGGUCUCAUUGUCUCCCGUCGCGAGCAGCUACUCCUAAUUCAACCCAGUGUUUAGUAGUUUUUUUUAUGUAUUUUCCUUGAUUUUUGUAGAAUUAGUAGUUCAUAUGGAUGUUAUUUGAUGAAAGCAGGUUUUCUGGUAAGAAGGUUUUUUGGGUUUUAAUUUAAAAUGGAUGGUUCUGUUAUUUUCAUGGUUCAAAAUCUAUAUAAAAUGGUUAGUUUGUGAUA